UUGAUAAACCACGCGAAAUGAAUUUUGAAUAUUCCCGCCGACUUUAUCAAACUGCGCUGAUUUAAUAAUUGCAGUCGCAUAUGAGAAACUAAAGACCAUCGAUUAACUUUCUAAUCAAUAUUAAAUAAACAAUGAUUUUGUGCAUACAUCUGUACACAUACAUUUCAGUUCAGACAUGUUUAAUUUACAGACAUUGAAAUUUUCAAAUUUCGCGCCUCGUUCCGCAACGAUUUCCCCUAAAGAUAUGUUAUGUCUCUAUAUUUGCAGGUUCAUGAAUUUAGUGAUAGAGGGCGCAGCAAAGUAGAAAGUGCAUGGAUGACGCAUUUCUAACGGCGAAAUCGUGCUGCGUCGAUGUAAACCUGGCUUAACGUUCGGACGUAGCCAUUCGAGAAAUGCGCGCGCAAAUGUAGAAGCCGCAGACGACAACCGGCACUGUUUGCCACGAGUCGAACUGAAAGUGCAUAAGAAAAAGAAAGGAGAGGGACGGAGAGCGGGAGAGAGUGAGAGAGAGGAAGAGAGAGAUAGAGCGUUAGAAUCGGCGAGAGGGAGAAAGACACGGGACGAGGAGAGGAGAGCAACAGCGUAAAGCGAGCAGCGCGCGCUGUGGUGUGUGUCGGUCGGUCGGUCGGUCGGUCGUCGCCGCCAUGCUAGUGGUUAGUUUAGUGAACCAAACAUCAUGAUGUGGCAAAACGUUCGCACGAGCUAAGACUGAAGUAACGCCGCGUUACCGGCGCGCCGUCGUUAUGUUAUCCAUAAUAAUUCACAACGUUCGAUAACCGUAAACACGUAACGUGAAAACAGUACAAAAAAAGCUUGAUAAAAGCUCUAAAGCGACAGCGACGACGAAAACGUCGGGGGUGCUCGAUUACUGCGUGCGGAACCGCACAACACUACGUCAAUCCCGAUGUAAAUUAAAGUUAAAUUAUAGAUUCGAGCAAACGUUACGGGGUAAUCAUCGUCACGGUACGCACGUUAGGAGUGACGAGUGCCAACGAUCAGCCUCCAUCACGCGGCAAGGAGACGAUCACGAAUCGUAUACACGAACGGUUUUCUCACAGAAAGAAAAGAAAAGUCAAAUAAAAUCGGAGGGAAAUGUUGUGUUUCUUGAAUCGAUAAGAACCGAUAAAUUAUACGCGUUAAAGUGCAAUAUAAAAAUGAAUAUUUUUACAUGCAUGACAGAUAUAAUAUAAUGAUAGAGAGGAAGAGUCAAGAAGACAGAAAGAAAAACGAAAAAAGAGAAAAGUACAAACGUUCAAUCGUUUACUGUUACGAAAUAGAUGCUGGAUCCGAGCGUACUGACGGAUUUAGAGGAACUGACGCUUUGCAAUUAUUGCAAGCAGAAAUAUAACGACGCGGAACAAUGCCCGAAAUAUCUUAGUUGCAAACAUUACUUUUGCCUGCGUUGCAUAGAAAACAAUUUGUUAAAGGGACGCGAGUUGUUUUGCGCACAUUGCUGGAAGAGGACGGACCUGGGCGAUCAAGGACCGGACGCUCUACCGACGCAUUCUUCUCUCCUUGCUCUAACAAACAAUUUGUCUCACUUAAAAAUUACGAUGAAUAACACAUCGGGGAAAGGCAACGAUAAGGAGAGAAAGAGUGAGAAUUGUCAUACGCACGGAAUGCCUUUGGCAUUAUGGUGUGCGACGUGUUGUGCGGCACUCUGUAGAGCAUGUGCCACCCCACAGGAACACCCGGGUCACCAGAUCAAAUCGCAAACCGAUGCCAAAGAACAACUCAUAUCCGAUGUCCAGCUGGAGCUAGUUGCUAUGGGAAAGUUGUCGACGGAAAUUCAAAGGCUGGCUAUGCAACAACGGGAGUUCUUGAUAAAAGUGCUGGAAGCGUGCGUGACGUUGAAAACACACGUUGAGACUGAUCUUCAGAACGGCUGGAGUCAUUUCCCCGAGAUCACGGACGCUCGUGAAACGCUUGGAAAAGCGAAAGCUAGUCUACAGAUGAUCGACAAUCCCAGCGACGUGUACAGUUUGCAUUCGCAGCUCAUGAUAGAGAAGCAACGAUUGCAAUCAAAGCAUCAGGAAAUGAUGUUGCAAUGCCAACUGGAUGAUUUGAUAGGGAACUCGGGAGUGGUGUUCGAUUUCGCGUUAUUGAAACAAGCGUUAGCCGGGAUCCACACGGGAGAACCGAUAGUCUCUCAAGGAGCGAGUAACGGCGGCAGACUACCGAAUCACUUGGCUGCUUCGCAAAACCCGAUACUGUUCCUCGCUAAUUAUUGCAUGUCGCAGCUAUAUUCGAGGCACGUAGUUAGUAAGCAACACAUGCAAAAUGGUUCUAUAGAAUAUCAUUCGAGCAUGAUGCAGCCGCAACCAGCUCCGCCGGGUUCUGUUCACGUACACCAGGGUCCACCAGCAUCGGCAACCUCUCAGCAACUGCUCAUCCCACCUGGUUCGCCGUCCGUUAAACCCGUUCCGCCCGCACCACCGAACGCAAUACUACACCCGCAACAGCAAUCGACGUUUAUACCGGAUGGAGUUGGUACCGGUGGCGGAGGUUUGGUAACCGUCCACUCGUCUUCUCAACCGCCGUCCAGCGGGAUAGCAGCGUCUCUACGAGGACCCACGAACCCUUAUCCCCUGUAUUAUUUUAAUAUCGAAGUAAACGGAUCCCCGCACGGUCGUAUCGUGAUAGAAGUGAGGCCGGAUGCAGCACCGAAAAUGGCGAAGAAUUUUAGCGUGCUGGCAACCGGUGAAGUGGGAGUCGGUUAUAAGGGUUGCACGAUCUUUCAGUGUUGGGAGGGUGAAUCGGUGAUCACUGGUGACUUCGAACUGAACAAUGGCCGCGGAGGAAGAAGCAUAUUCGAGGAUGGCUAUUUUAUGCCCGACGACACCAAGUUCCCUGCAGUGAGGGGUGCAGUCGGGAUGCGAAGAACGCAAAAGCGGCACGAUAAUCUCGGCAUGGUCGGUUCGCAGUUUCGUAUAAUACUGCAAGAGAUGCGCGGUUUCACGGGGAUCUUUGGCCAUGUCGUCGAGGGCUUAGAAUUAGUCGAGAAGAUAUCCACGUUCGGCGAUCAAACCGGCAAACCUACGAAAAAUAUUUUAAUCACGAAAUGCGGUAAGUUGUAACGACGAUGCUGUUGCAGUUAGUAUACCAGAAAGGUAUUAAGGUACUACCCGUAUUACGCUUCACGUUCUCCCCCGCUCUAGAUAACGAAAAUUUUACGAUCGUCACGACAGUGUCUACGACAUGCGCGCGCGCGUUCGAGCGAUAUAAAGCGAGAGAAAUCGGUUGCCCGGCGAAAUCAUUGUUGUUACGAGUCGUUAGACACCGUCGUGACUGUUUAGCGAUCCGUGAAUCGCGCGAUGCUCUCCAAUACGAGUCGACAGAAUUUAAUUAACUAUUGACAACAGAAUUCUAAAGAUGUUGAAUCUAUUUUUAAAACGUGGGCACAUAAGAGAAGAAAGAAGAAAUAAAGAUCCAUAUUUUGCUACUGAUUGAGAAUCAGUAAGAUUCUGUGUAUCUACAAUAACGACGAUGAUCGAUGAAUACGUACCUCAGAUCGAUCGUGAUAUCGAUACGACUUCUAGCUGUACGACAUAUUUGUUUUAGAAAAAGUUCGACGUUUAUUUUGGCUAUUGGCGUAUUGCUACGUAUAUAGUUGAUAUAGAAGGGAUAACGCACGGGAUUCGGGGGAAGUACCGUGCGCGAUAACGGCGUCGCCCCUGCGAGCGUUGCUAAUGUUUUAGAUAAAAUUAGAUAGCGAGAAAAAUAAGCAAACGAAAAUAAUAAUGCGUGUAGAUUGAAAGGGAAUGCGUACGGAAGAAUAUUUGGGGGCAAACUCGUACACACAUGUGUGUAUAGAAGAUAUACACGUUCGUAUAUUUGUAAAAAGGAACAAAAAAAUCACACAGAAGCGGGAACGUUUUUUUCUUUUUUCAUUUCUUUUUUUUUUUCUUCGUUUUAUAACCGAAAUGCGUGACUUCGUGAAAAGUCAAAAAACAAACAAAAAAAUACCGUGAUUCCGUAAUACGCAGGUCGUUUGGAAACGUAAACCGAAAGAUGCGUCUAGGGCCAAUUCUAUUUCGUCCGGUUUAACGGUCGCGUGUUGUUCCGUUUUAAAUGAGAGAAAAGGAGCUAAAAGGGAAUCGGUAGAUGACGCGAGAAAACGAGUCAAAGGAAAAUUGCGGUUCCUAUCGAACGACUCGACGGAUACUUCUUCCCUUUUCGCUCUUUCUGGUCUAGUAUACCGUCGUAAAUUAACUGUAUUUAAGAUUAGAUCUCAACAUGAAAAUGUAUACAAGGCCUAACUACUACUAAGUAGAUUUUUAAGCCUCGUCGUCUGAUCCGGGAACGAACGAACGAACGAACGAAUACAUAUUAGAAACAAAAAAAAAACACAAAAAAAAAAUAACGAAUCAUUCCUCGAUGCUGUAUAUCGAAAAAUACUACGAUAAUGUAAUAUCGUUGAUGCUAUUCGUCUGAGUCCUUGUAAAUCCCAUCGUUAUGUAUCGUAUUACUAUGUGCUCGUGUGCGGAAAGAAAACGAUAAACGCGUCGCAAAAAAAGUGUUCUGUAAUGUCGGAGCGUAUAAACGAAACGCACUCACGUACUGUAGGAAAAAUGCACGCCCUCGACGUCGCGAAUGCCUUUUUUCGAAGAAAGCCUCGUUCGAUGUUGAACUUGAAAGUUUUAACACUUGUUAAUUAGCUGAUGUCGCGUGUUGCUACGCCAAUGCGUCGCAUCACGACGACCUAAGUAAUCGCCGUUUAGAACGUAACACUGCGUAAUAAAAGAAAAAAAGAAAAUACGUUUGACGAUCGAAGGGUGGUCGAGCUCGAAUGAAUUUCACUCGUUUCGGUCUUACGAUGAAACAAUCGAAAAAACGUCAGUCUAUACUUUCGUGGAUGUCCAUGCGUGUGCGUGUGUGUGUGUAUGUGCGCAUAUAUGUAUAUACAUAUACAGGGCUGGCGCGAAGCGGGUUCACAACAUUCCCCGGAACCCGGUCUUAAUCCGGAAUUACUUUCAUGGUCCGUGGAUACCUCACGCGAUUAGACUGCAUUUGAAAGCAUGGGGGGUAAAUCUACGUCGUUAGAACUUACGGCUUACAGGGAGUAGAUGUACAAUCUCCGAUCAUUAUGUCUUAAAAGGCUCCACGGUCCAUUGAAUGUCAGGCGUUAAUUUUGCAGGGUUGUAUAUAUGUAUGGGUACUUAUGCGAUUUAUAAGUUCCUUGGAACGUUUCAAGUUUGGAGCAUAAUUAAGCGUUUCAACCUUGAAACGUUCUAAGUUUAACCACCUCGAGUUUAAAGCGUUCCGAACUUGAGGUUCAAAGUUUAACUCAAAUUUGAAGCGUUUCCAUUUGAAGUUCAGAGCGUUCCAGAUGCAUACACAUAAAUUUGACCCUGCAGAAUGUUGGGACCUGGUUCCGUAAAUGUUCGCACCGGUCCUGCGUAUAUAAAUUUCUGUUUACCGAAGCGAGCGAAGCUAGAAGCCCACCUGUAUACAUAAAAAUAUUCACGCGCGCGCGUAUUAUAUAUAUACUACAUAUAUUUUUAUGAACGUGAUGAGGUAACAACGCAUAGCUUGUAAUAUCGAUUCUAACAACCGACGGUUUACCUUGCCCCUCGCGUUCGAAUUAAACGGUUGAGCGGCUAUAAUUUUGGAUAAGUUUUUUCCUCGUAUCUCUUUUGUUUCAUCUUUCAUUAUUUUUUUUUUCUUUCUCCCUUUCUUCCUAUUUCUCGUUCACCACUUUUUAAGUUAAGGGUGUAAUCGUUAUUAUACGGAAAAUUGAGAUCGUUUUUGUUUACGUGGCCUACGGUAGCGAACAUCCGUAGUGCACUUGCAUAAACAGUUUUAUUUUUUCAUUUAUACAUGUACGAAAUGAAGUUCGUUGCCCAAUUUAAAUGUAAUCUAUCGAUUUUGGGUUAUAAACUGUUUCUCUUUCA